AUGGCGGGCAGUGAGUUUUCCAAAGAGACGUUUUGUCUCAUGUGGCAUUGCUACUCUCCUGGAAUUUCGAAGCAACAGGUGCGCGUCAAUUUUCAAUCAAAAUUCAACAGGAAGUCACAUGCCGAGCAUGACGUCAAAAUCGAGGAGUUGUGGAGAGGGAAGCUGAGCGGUGACGUCACUCUAUACAAUGGCAUGAAAUUCCGACUUGCAGGAAUGAGUGAGGACGCCGAGAAGGCGCCCAGCAUUGAACUGGACAUCGGGCUGACAUGCUACAGAGACUUCCAGUGCACAAACUACAGCAGUGAGAGCGAACGGCUACGAUCCGAUGGAUUGAGGGACUUUAAUGAGAGUCAGGCGUACAUGUCCGAUCCACUUGGCGUGUCUGCAAUCCUCAUUACAUCUGAUGACAAGGUGGUUGUUGAGAAACGGAGCACUAAGGUCGGAGAGUAUUGCAACAUGCUGGAUUUACCAGGAGGACACGCCGAGCCAAGCAACGUUCCCGGAUGGAAACAAGAAUAUGAGGGAAACGUGCAGUGUCAAGAUGCGUUCUUGUCUCUCAAGUCAUCAGACAUCGUGAACGAAAUUUUUGACUCGAUUGUACAAGAAGUUGUCGCCGAAUUGAAUAUUCCGAGGGAUCAACUGAGUGAGCCCCACUUGGUGGGAAUUCUUCGUCAGAUGCUCAGCUUUGGUCGGCCGUCGACCCUCUUUGUCGUGAAAGCUGUUGAUAUACGAGAGAAUGAUGUGAGGAGAAUGUAUGGUGAAGGGGGAGAGGAGCAGUUUGAAUCGGUAGAUAUUGAGUUCGUGUCUCUCGAAGACAUUCAAUGCGGAACAUGGCGGUCACGAAGCGAGCAAUUCACACCAUCGGCUCAUGCUGCAUUCUAUAUUAUCGCUCAGAGUACGAAAGCAACAGCAACAGAGGAUUAG